AAAAUAAUAAACUUUUUGUACAUCCAUUACAAAAAAUUGCGCCCAACUCGUGGCUCGUGCUCAAAGUACCUACGCGAGUGCGAACGUAUUCCACGCUCUGUUGAAGUCUGUUGUGUACCUACUGUACCGAGGCUGUAACCGUCGUGUCUCGAGAAGAUGCCGAAAACACGCGGACAGACGGCCAUCGAGAACCGCAGUAGUGAUAGUGACGAAGAGUUCACGGAUACGCGAGUGGCGGGAACCGCCGCGGACGACAACAUGGCGGCGGCGUCACCUACCACAACGGACCGACGCGAUACGAAUACGAUCACAAUGUCGGAAGACCAGCUAUCUAGGAUCCUGGCCAGCGUGAUGAGGGGGUCGACUCAACCUCCUGCUGCAGGAGUGCACGCGGUGCACACUGCGCAGAGCAAUUUUACCCGGUGCACGGCUCGGUUCGAUGGAGCCGCCUGCAACGCCGACGUCGUGGAAGCGUUCAUCGAGAGCGUGCUCGUCUACAAGGAGUGCGCAGGCGUGUCAGACGACCACGCGUUACGAGGACUGCCGAUGCUGCUGACCGGAGACGCCGCCGUGUGGUGGCGAGGAGUGCGACCUACUGUGGAGAGCUGGGACGACGCGUUACGCCGGCUGCGCUUCAUGUACGGCGCGGCGCGCCCAGCCCACAGGGUCUUACGCGACAUAUUCGCGACAGAACAACAAAGUGAAAGUGCCGACGUAUAUAUUUCGCGUGUGCGUGCUAACAUUUCGCGGUUACCAUAUCCUUUACCAGAACAAAUGCAACUCGAUAUAGUGUAUGGCCUGUUACACCGUAGAAUCCGCAAACGUGUUCCGCGUGAUAGCGUAAGUAGUGUCGACUGUCUACUUGAGAGAGCUAGGUACGUAGAGGAGAUGCUGGGCGAAGCGAACCAAUCUAGUACAUCGUCUCACAACAAUAAUACCGCGAACACGAACUUACGUGAUAAAGAUAACCCUUCAACCUCGACCGGUAAAAAUAUUAACCCGCAAACGGCUGCGGUGAAAAAUGUUAACCCUCAAACGACUACGUCCAACUCUAGUUCGAACAUAGAUAGUAGAAGCGCGACUUCUAAACGUGUUAGACCACGCUGUGCACGCUGCAAACGUUUCGGACACACGACGGACGAGUGUAAGUCGAAAGGUAAUGAGUUAGCUUGUUAUGGUUGCGGUCGUGAAGGCGUUAUUCGGUCGAAAUGUCCCACUUGUAAAGGCAAGUGCAAGGAAGAUGCACCAACCGCGGCCGCCGACGGGAAGGUAAGUUUCCAAAGUGCUUAUACACACGAUUCCUCCACGUCGCAGCCGACGAUAAAUAUUGAAGUGGCUUCGUUAUUAGGUGUCGCUGUGCUUGAUACCGGCGCUACCGAAAGCUUAGCUAGCCCCGGUUUGUAUGCUAUUUUGUUGAAGAACGGGACUAGUUUUACAUCGGGCCGCCGCACGAUAGGGUUGGCCGACGGGACCCAACAUACACGUGACGUGUUGUUGUGCGAUACGAAUGUUGUAGUACGGGGACGUAUUGUACCUACAACAUUUAUUGUUAUACCAGGGGCGGAGAAUAGGACGCUUCUCGGACAAGAUUUUAUUACGAAAUCUGGUAUUUUGCUUGACCUUCAACGUGGUUGUUGGUAUUUUUCAGAUUCGACAAAGGUGAAGGUACCCUUUGUGCGCUCUUACAGUCUUAUGUCCACCAGUGACGCAGACCUGAUGCAGGUUAACACCACCGGCCUGGCACUGAGAGAAAACGAAGGAUCUAAGCUGUCACCUGCUCAGAGGACGCAGCUCAACCAGCUGAUAAUUUCUAAGGCUGCGCGCUUCGCCACCGAGGGACCAGCUACAUCUUACGCUACUCACCACAUUCGAGUAGGCGAGAGGCAGGAGCCUACCGCCUCACCACCCUACCGGAUGUCGGCAGGUAAGAAGCAGCUGCUGGACGGUGAGCUCGAGAAGCUGCUGCGAGCAGACGUUAUAGAGGAGUGUGAGUCGCUGUGGGCCGCGAACGUAGUGUUGGUGAAGAAGAAAGACGGUGGCGUCCGAUUAUGUGUGGAUUACCGCAAGCUCAAUGCUGUGACGGAGCCUGACCGGUACCCACUGCCGCGCAUAGAAGACGUUCUUCAUGCCGCGAAGACCACCGCCUACAUGUCAACGCUCGACCUUCAUUCUGGCUAUUUCCAGGUAAGUGUUGCGGAGGAGGACCGCGACAAGACCGCGUUUGUUACGCCCUCUGGCACCUACAGGUUUAAGAGAAUGCCCAUGGGAUUGCGCAACUCCGGUGCCACGUUCCAGAGACUGAUCGACCGGUUCCGGUCGAACCUGGUUGUACCAGCGCAGACACUCGAGACCAGUGACGGCGCUGUGACAUCCUCAGACCCCCGGGGUGGUGGUAGAUCGGUAAGUAUCCUAGGAUACCUAGAUGACCUGAUUGUUCUGUCACCCACCUUCGAACAACACCUCGAGGAUCUGGAGGCAGUCUUCGAUAGGCUGGAUAAAUUUAAUCUGCGUGUUAACCGCAAGAAAAGUUGUUUUGCCUGUGAUUCGGUGCGGUUCCUGGGGCACAUUAUUGUACCCGGUGGUUUGCAGGUAGACCCGGAGAAGACCUCAGCCAUAGCUGACAUGCCUGCCCCGAAGAACGAGAGGCAGCUUAAAGGUUUCUUAGCUACGUCAAGCUGGUUCCGGCGAUUUGUGCCGAAUUACGCCGCUGUCGCGAAGCCUUUAACUGACCUUCUCAAGAAGAAUAGCUCAUGGAGGUGGCAUGAAGAGCAGCAGGCUGCGUUCGAGCAUAUCAAGAGACUCCUGGUCACCGCACCCAUACUCCGUCAAGCUGACGAAAGUAAGCCCUUCUCUCUUAAUACCGACAGUAGUAGUUACUGUCUCGGAGCAGUUCUGAUGCAGGGGGAGGGCCCUGAUGAGAGGCCUGUGGAGUACGCCAGUCGGUUGCUGUUGCCGGCUGAGCGCAACUAUACCACCACGGAAAGGGAGGCACUAGCUGUGGUCUGGGCGGUGACUAAAUUCAGGGGCUACAUCGAAGGAUCAGAGGUCAUCGUCAAGUCCGAUCAUCAACCCUUACGCUGGUUGAUGAGUUUGAAGUCCCCCAGUGGCCGUUUGGCAAGGUGGGCAUUGACCCUUCAGGCUUAUAACUUACAGAUCCAGUAUACCCCCGGUAAGGUGAACGUGAUUGCAGACGCGCUAAGCCGCCCCGCCUGUUGUGAAAAGGACCCAGGUGGAUGCGAGGUAUGCUUAGUAACUGUAGAUAUACCGCACAGGGCACCUACCGACGUACGUGACAACCAACUCAAGGACCCCGAGCUGAAGACGAUCGUAGAGGAUCUGGAGGACUCCGAUCCGUCUAGGGGGAGGGGCUGGUCAGAACGAGGUUAUCUGAUGUCUGAUGGAGUGUUGUAUCGGUGUGCACCCGAGACUGACGACGCUGACUCCGCUUGUCUCGUGGUACCGAGUCAUGAAAGAGAGGGCAUCCUUGCUGACUUCCAUGACGCUCCCACCGCAGGUCAUUUCGGUGUUGAGAAAACACUGCAGCGCAUCAGAGCUCGCUACUUUUGGGUAGGUAUGAGAACCUUCGUUGCUGACUAUGUUAGACGUUGUGCUGCUUGUCAGCGUUAUAAAGCAGACAACAAGAAGCCUGCAGGACUACUGCAGACGCCUGCUGCGACUCGCCGGUUCGAGGUCGUGUCAGUAGAUUUGUUUGGACCUUUGCCGAAGACGGCUAAAGGUAACCGUUGGAUUCUUAUUAUAGAGGACGUGUGUACUCACUGGGUUGAGUUGUUUGCGUUGGAGACCGCCACCAGCGUAGAGUGCGCUGAGAUUAAUCGGCGAAGUCUUCUUGAGGUUUGGAGUCCCGCGUAG